GGUCAAAGUGGUGCUGCCAGGGUUCGCCACCCAUUUCUUCUGCAGUACAAUCCCCUGAAUUUUUUUAUAAUCAAGAUAAUGGGCGGAAGAAUCACAGAAACAUUGCAAGUCGGAGUCAAGUUCGCAAUGGCAGAACGGCACUGCUGGGUUCGCCACCGUCGCUGCUAUGCAUCCCCUCGACGUUGUCCGGACCAGGUUUCAAGUAAACGACGGCCGAGUAACCGGCUCGCAUGGAGGGCAUUAGAGGGCUUUAUGCAGGAUUCUCUCCAGCGGUUCUUGGUUCCACAGUCGCAUGGCAUGGGGUCUAUAUUUCUUCUUUUACAGCAGAGCUAAACAAAGAUAUUCAAAGGACAAGAAUCAAAGUCUGACCCCUCUUCUUCAUCUUGCAUCGACGGCAGAAGCUGGAGGUUUGGUGAGUGCAAAUUGAGAUCAGGAAACUGGUGCAUACUGUGUAUAAGUAGC